CUGAAAAUAAUUCAGUUUCGUUUAAAACACAAUAUUUCCACAAAUGGAUUUGGAUUUGGCCACUUGCCUAUUUAGUGGGCUACAAACUGAUUGUUUGCAGGACAAACAAUAUUUUUGCGAAGAGGGUCGCUUCACAACCAUGAAUGUUAAAAAGCUUUUUGCAAAAGAAGUAAUAGCAUUUGUGCGUUGUAAGGAGUUACGAGUACUUCCUAAUCCCUUUGACAUACCGGAUGAUUACUUUAAAAAUAUUUUUCGACUCGACAAGUGGCUCUUCCAGGAUUUUUUACUUGUACUCUGUCUCCGUACCUACUAUCGUCCAGAGCUAGAUAAUAAUCGUAUACCAUUCGAUUUACGUGUAUUAACGACGCUUACAUACUUAGCGCAUGGUCAUUUUGGAGCAUUACAACAUUUAGAUGCUUUUAGAGGCUACGCAGAAAGUAUUUUACAACAAUGUGUGCCCGAAGUAUGCCAGAUAAUAGUACAUUUUCUCGCUACCGAUUAUAUUGUAUUCCCUUCAAAUAACGAAGAGACUUUGGGUAUUAAGCACGGUUUUAAUUCUCGAUACGGUAUACCGCAUGUAGUUGGUGUUAUGGAUUGUUUCCAUGUACGUCUUUCUAAAGUGGCUGCAACACAAAAGCAAGAUUUUAAGUGCAGACAUGGCAAUUUAGCAAUUAAUGUUCAAGUGGUUUGUGAUAACAAAUAUCGUUUCUUAAAUGUGAAUCCUCGAGCGCCUGGUGGAAGUAGUGACAUAUUCGUCUGGAAACAUAGUCACAUAUAUGGUAUUAUGAAAAAUCUCUUUGUAACGGCACCUGCAUGGCUAAUUGCUGAUCGCGGUUAUAAUUUAGAUGAUAUCCUAAUUAAUCCUUAUAGAAAUCCAAGAUCUCUACCGGAUUUUCGAUUUAAUGCGCUAUUAGAAGCAAUACUUGGCGUGUUAGAUACUGCUACUAUUAUGCUUACAUCACGUUUUCGUUGCCUCAAAACGAUUUUGCCUUACAAUCACCAGAUUGCUGCAAAUGUUGUCACCGCCUGUGUGACUAUGCAUAACUAUUUGCUUUCCAAAAAUUGUGCCAUAGAUGAACAUCUAAUGUCAGUGGUACCUAAACGUAAACCACUGCCAAAUGCAAUGUGCGAGGAUAUAUGGACAAGUGGUCACGAAAAUCGGGAAUAUAUUAAAAAAUAUCUGUAUGGACUAAAUUAAUAAUUUCAAAAGUACCUGAAAUGGUCAUAGAGAUUGCAUUUAACAAUUACUUUUAAGAGGCAAAGCGAACUUAUUUGUUGUGUUGUACGAAACUACAUUUAUUUUGUGAUUAUUUUGUACUACAUAAUUUUUUUAUUAAU